AUGGCAAUGGCAGGAGAAGACGAGGUCAAACAGAGCCCAGAGGUCUUCCUGGAUGCAGAGAAGCAGACACCCGUGGUCUGGGAUACCGAGGCCGAGAAGAAGCUGAGGUGGAAGUGCGAUCUUCAUGUGCUGCCAUGUAUCUCGCACCUAUUCGCCCUGGCCUUCCUUGACAGAACAAACAUUGGCAACGCAAAGAUCCAGGGCAUGGUGCAGGAUCUGAACAUGACAGGCCAUGACUACAAUAUCGCGCUUUUCGCAUUCUUCGUCCCGUAUAUCCUCUUCGAGGUCCCAAGCAACAUCAUCAUAAAAAGAAUUGCCCCUUCGACAUGGCUGAGCAUCAUCAUGGUGCUUUGGGGAAUUGCGACUGUUGGCCAAGGACUGGUCGAUACCGUUGGAGGACUCAUUGCGUGUCGGUUUCUGCUCGGCCUUUUUGAGGCUGGCGUGUUCCCCGGCUGUGUCUACCUGAUCAGCAUGUACUAUACGCGGUUCGAACUGCAAUGGAGACUCUCUCUGUUCUUCUCUGCAAGUAUCGUUUCCAGCGCCGUGUCCGGCCUUCUGGCGUAUGCGAUUGCGGAUAUGAAGGGAGUAGGCGGUUAUAACGCCUGGAGAUGGAUCUUCAUUAUCGAGGGGUUAUUUACCGUGGUGGUGGGCGCCCUUUCGAAGUUCUUCACAGCAGACUGGCCAGAGACCGCGUCGUUUCUCAAUGAUGAAGAGCGGGCGAUACUCGUGGCUCGACUCGCAAAAGAUCACGGUGCUGCCAGGAUGGACCAUCUCGACAAGCAAGCAUGCAAGCGCGCAUUCAGCGACUGGAAGAUAUACUGCAGUAUACUGCAGUAUCUGGGUAUCGUGAACACGGGUUACUCGGGAUCAUUCUUCGUCCCCACGAUCAUCGAGGAGCUAGGCUACGAAGCUCAACAGGCACAAGCCCGAAGCGUCCCGAUCUUCCUCGUGGCAGCAGUCCUGUGCCUCAUCACGGCGUACCUCACGGACAGGCUACAGCACAGAUACGCAUUCACGAUGUUGGGGGUGCUGGUGGCUACGGUGGGCUACGUGCUCCUGCUCUGCCAGCAGCACAUCUCGGUCGGGGUGCAGUACUUUGCACUGUUCCUCAUCGUGGGUGGUGGCUUCACGACGCAGCCGGUUACUCUGGCGUGGCUGUCCAACAACGUCAGCGGGCACUACAAACGGGCCAUCGCCUCGGCGAUGCAGGUUGGGUUUGGCAACUGCGGUGGAAUCGUGGCUAGCAAUAUCUUUGUGCAGGCGGAGCAGCCUCUGUAUCGGACCGGGUACGGAACCAGUCUCGGGUUGGUGUGGUUGUGUGGGAUUGCCUGUACGGUGAUGUUCUUUGGGGUGUUGCACGAGAAUAGGAAGAGGCACCGUGGGGACAGAGAUUGGAGGUUGGAAGAGGCUGAUGUUGAUAACAUGGGCGAUGAUCAUCCGUCGUGGAGAUUUUCGACAUGA